AUGGACAUAUUUUGUGGCGUAUCAGCGAUAUUUUUUUUGAUCAUUCAAGCACAUCAAGCUAAUUCACAAUGCUUCAGUAGAUGCAGCUGUGUGACGGACCGUAAUGGAAGGUCACUUAUAUGCAUGGAGGAGAGCGCGUUUGGGGCCAUACCAGCGAACAUUCCAGAUGAUAUGAACAAAAUACGCAUUGAAAAAUCUCACUUCACCGAAAUACCUCGGGCAGCGUUCUCAAACGUGCCGGCCUUAGAAAACCUGUGGUUGAACUUCAACGAGAUCACCGUGAUCAAUUCGAAGGGUUUCGAAGGUUUGGGGAAUUUAACCGAGCUCCGCCUGCAAGGGAACAAACUGAGGUCGGUGCCAUGGACAGCGUUCGAGGACACCCCGGCCCUCAAGAUCCUGGACCUGAAACACAACCAGCUGGACGUCGUACCGGAGCAUGCGUUAAAGUUUCUGCCAGUUCUCACGUACUUAGAUGUAUCCUUCAAUCAACUCACGGUAAUUUCAAAGGACGUCUUCCUAAACUGGCCUCUCCAUCAGAAGACACAGGGCAUGGGCGAGAGGGAGGUGACGGGUUUUGCGCCCAACGUCAUGCUGGCCCUUCACGACAACGCCUGGCUUUGCGACUGCCGCCUGAAGGGCUUUGUGGAAUUUAUCAAAUCCAUCAGCCCGCCCAUCAUUCUGAUGAACUCCUACUUGACUUGCUCCGGGCCGGACUUUAGGGCAGGCAAGUUCUUCCACGAAGUGGAGCUGAAAGCCUGCAUCAAGCCCAUUGUGACCACGCCGUCCGCCAAUAUCAGCAUGCCGCAGGGAGUAAAUACGACUCUCAGCUGCCUCGCGAAGGCCAGGCCGAACCCGGCGGUGUGGUGGACAUAUGGUCUGAAGAUAAUCAGAGGAUUUCAUGAGUUUCAGGAGAGCGUGGAUGAGGACACCAUCAGUUCCCACUUGGUGAUACCCUCCCUUCACGUUGCUGACCAGGGCGUUUACACCUGCACUGCCGUCAAUUUCAUCGGCAACUCAUCUGUCAACAUCCUCCUGGACGUCCAUUCUCCGGACGGCUCCCAGUCAGCGCUCUCCCCUGGUUUCUCAGCCCCAGUUGCCACGGCUGAGGAAAAUGUCUACAUCGACAUCCGCAUUGCCAAGCAGACAAUACGGGGCAUCACAAUCGAGUGGUACGCUGUCUUAGACCACCCGUACGAAACCUGGUUCACCAUCCAUUUUGGCCGCUGGGGCUCCAACAAGAGGGAGACGAUCUACAUUGGCCCGGGGAUCAACUCUUACUCUGUGUCUGAUUUAAUGCCUGCCACCAAAUAUGACAUUUGCGUCACCCUCAAGAACCAGACACCACGUCCCGGACAGUGCAUUGUCUUUGUGACAGGAAGUGACGUCACAGAGAAGGAACAACGGGAGAAGUUGAUUCACAUUGUGGUGAUAGUUCUCGCCAUGGUGCUGGCUGUGCCUGCUGGCAUGUAUGCCUGCACCACCGACACCAAGUUUACCUGCUUGGACGGUAUCAUGGAGUCCUGGAAGCGUCGUCAGAGAGAUGAUGAUUCAUCGGAGAGGGAGAGGCAAGGCAACUUUGAUAGCCUGCAGGCGGCCAGCGACGAGGGCCUGGUUAAUAAAGACUCCAGUCAGGAGAGGAAGGUGAGGCGGAGGUCUGAUGACCGAAUUCUCAAAGGGAAGGGCGAUCACUGCAGACUCACAGCCGAACUCUAUUAA